AUGCAUUCACCAACCGCUCGGGAGGAGAGCACUAGAAAGCUUGGGCGUGCAGAGUUAGGACCCCAUGUUCAUGAGAGGCAGAUGCCCUUCUGGCUUCGGAAGAUGCUGGAGAAGGGGCCAAAAGUGACGCGAACAAAUCAAAUCGCGCCCGAUGGAACAAUCCAGAAACUGGAAACCGUUGAAAAUGAGGCUACUGGUAUUAUACCAAUUCUCGAGCGUCUUUGCCGGGCCGACAACUCAGUGAAACGGGCGUUCCUAUGCAGCCCCAAAAUUUCCCAAGUUUCCAAGAUGCCGAGAGAAGGCGGAUUUUGCGGCUAUCGGAAUAUUCAAAUGCUGGUCUCAUAUAUACGGCAUUCUGAUCUCCCGGGUCAGGAUCGCUUUUCUGGGCCGCUACCUACUAUUUUGCAACUACAGGAUAUGAUUGAACAUGCAUGGGACAUGGGGCUCAAUAGCGUGGGGAGAGAAGAGACCGGGGGCAUACGAGGCACCAGGAAAUUCAUUGGCACGUCGGAGGCACAGGCUCUGUUCCUGAGUUUAGGAAUCCCAUGUGAGGCUUGUAGCAUUGGAGAGACUCCGCAGCUACGGGCUCAUAAUGCUUUGUUAUCAAAUGUUGCAAAUUAUUUUCGAACAGGGAGUCCAUGUCAAACCGAUGAGAAAGUUCUCGUGACAGAUCUACCUCCCAUCUACUUCCAGCAUCAAGGUCAUUCCAUGACCAUUGUUGGAUUCGAAGUCCGUGACGAUGGAAGUGCAAACCUCCUCGUUUUUGAUCCAAAGCUUCAGGUCCCUUCAUGGAUAAAGCGUUUAAAGGAGGUGCAGUUCAAGUUCCGCAAUCCACUCCAUACCCUGAAGGGAUACCGACGCGGGAUAAGUUACUUGCAAAAGUAUCCGGUCUUUGAAAUUCUCAAGUUCUGGCUGCUCAGCACUGCCGCUGAGGCCAAGAUGCGAACAACUCCGAAUGUGAUCAUCACAGGCACCCCUGGCGUAGGGAAAACGGUACAUUGUCAGCAAUUGGCGCAGGAGACAGGCCUGCAGCAUCUAUCGAUCAACCAGAUCGCAAAAGAACGGGACUGCUUCGAUACCUAUGAUUCGAAAUUAGAAACAUGGGUCGUGGAUGAAGACAAACUUUUGGAUGCGAUUGAGGACGAGAUACUUAAGGGUGGCUACCUGAUUGAUUGGCAUGCGUGUGAUCUAUUUCCGAAAUCCUGGAUCGAUCUCGUCGUAGUCCUGCGAUGCCCCUCCACCUCUGUUCACUACGAUCGUCUUUCCACAAGGGCAUAUAAACAAGAAAAACUGCAAGAGAACUUAGACGCGGAGAUUUUCGGGGUUCUCCUCGAAGAGGCUCGGGAGGCUUUCGAUGAGGAAGUGGUGGUCGAGCUCAGUAGUGAAAAGGAUGACGAUGUAGAGAACAACUGCGCGAGGAUUUCGGCUUGGAUCGAGUCAUGGAAGAAAGAUCAUUCUGAAACCGAAUAG